GGGUACUAUCAAUUCAAGAUGGCAGCUUCCGCAGUUGUAGUUAACGCUUCUUCGGAACGCAAAGUAUAUUCACAAGCAGGUUGUAAAUCAGACUAAUGUUUUUUUAUAACUGAUUUGUUCAACUCAGAUUAACGGCUUGUUAUUUUUUUUUAACUUGAAGCUAAAUAAUAAAGUGCAACUUCAGCUUUUAUGAGUGUUCAUCAGUCAGUUACUUGAGUCCGAUGGGCUUGACUUAAGUUUUUGAGUUACACUACAUCACUACACUGCAGUUGGUAAAUGUUGGUUUUCCGCGCCUCUUAUUUCCCACGGCCGCUAUCUUGGUUCCCAUGAUAGCAGAGUGUUAUGGCAACCAAAACGGCGGCAGUGUAUAAAAAAGUGGUGCAAACACUCAUCAGUUAAAAUGGGGAGGGGAAAGAGAGAAUGUGCUAGUUUUAGCUAUGCGGUAGGUAUUUCGGUAAGAUCCGGGAAGUGCCGAAAACCGGGUAUCGUGAUUUCGUUGUCAAAAUGGCGACCUCCACUUUUUAAUUUACCGAGAGUCACGUUGUUUACGACUUUUUAACUAUAUAGCCCAGGAUGUUAAUUCUAUUUCCGCCCACAACUUAUAGUAGACAUGUUGUGUUAUGAUUAGAUACUUGAGUCCCCCCAAAAAUUUUGGGGCUUCACUUUGAAAAUUGAAGGUAAAAUAACGCAAUUUUUACUCAUUCAUAUUUUUUUUGUGGAAAAGGACCUUUCAUAGAAUUUCAAGGACUUUAUAAAUAAUGGCAUUAACUACAACAUAUCCAAGACCUGUUAAUUUAGGACCAUCAGUUUGGUCAGAAAUUUCAUGGGAAAUUUUAGUCACGUGUGUCCCAAAAUUACCUAUUAUCGUUAAUAUUCGUUGCUAUGGUAAAUAACCUGAUUUACUCUGGAAAUCCAGACUAUUACCCCCUAAUAACUUAUUUAGAAAUAAAAAUAAAAUAAUUAAUAAAACAAACACAUAUUUUUAAUAUGAUUUGAUGCUUUUAUUGAGGGAUAUUAGGUUAAAAAAGCCUAAUUAAUUACAAUUAAUAGUUAACUAUUAGUUUUAUAUACUGUUGUUAUAUGUAUACUAUUAACUAUAUAUAUACAUAUAAUAUAUAUACAUAUAUAAUUAUAUAUAUGUGUGUAUGUAUAUAUAGAGGCCUAGAAUAGUAUUACUAUUAUAAGUGUAGGCCUAUCCACCUCCCCCCUCCCCACCAAAUAGUUUUUUGUAGGACCCAUUAUUCAUAUGUAAUGAUAUAUAUGGUGAUUCUUAAGGCAUAAAUUAAGUAAAAGUGUACAAAAAAUAUUCACUUACCUUUGGUAUUGAAAUAUCCUAUAUUAUAUUUAAUCACAUAUCACACUAUUCCAAAAGAGAAUUAUCAGUAUUCUCAAAGAAAAAAACACACUUUCUACCACAAAAAUCCAAGAAUUACAUGAGAUAUUACUAAAAUUUAAUAAUAAAACAUUGUAAUUACCUCAAGCAAAUAACUAGAACUUAUUUAAAAUUCUAUCAACAGCUAAAGUUGAUUCUAAUAAUAAAUGUUGAUCUGUGAAACAACUGUACUAACUUAAAAUAAAUGACAUACUAUUUUUUGUCAUAUUCACACAUUCAUAUGGUAUGGGACUAAAAUACAUUAUAUAGAAAAUGGUAAAAUAAAAAGUUUAAUUGUCAAUUUUAACUUAUUGAAACAAAUAAUCCCUUUAUUAUUAGUAUAUACUUAUAAAUUUUAAACAAUUCCACAGAAAAUUUGAAAUUAAUAUCUUAAGAAUAUUUUAUUAUUAUUAUGAAUUUUGGGAAAUUGAAAAAAAAUAUUUAUACAUAAUUAAUUAAUUAAUUACGAAUAAGUGACGAGUCAGCAUAUUUUAUAUAUUUUUAAUAGGAAAAUAAUAAAGAUUUUUAAAAUAAUUUUUGCGGAAUAUUAACAAAAACUAACUUAUAUUUUGUGGUUUUAUUUAGAAGUACUCUAAUUAAAAUAUGUUCCCUGUAAAUAUUAUAUUUUUGUGUCAUUUUAUAAUAAAGUUAUAGGCCUUAAAAAAAAAUCAAAAUGAGGGUCACGAAAUGUGGAGGAAAAUCCCAUAGUAAAAAAGGGCCUUUGAGGUCCCUACUAAAAAAUUCAUAACUUUUGAACCACUUGAGCUAGAAAGUUGAUCUUGGUGUUUUUGUAAUCUAUUCUCCAGGCUCUAUACAGCAGUAGUGUUUUUAUAUUUUUAAAAAUGUUUUGAAAUUUUAAUCAAAGUGCCUACGGCCUACAUGCAGAGUCAGAGAGAAAUGAAAAUAGGAACAAAACUUUUAACAUUUUUAAACAGUUUUAACCCUUACAUUAUUUUUGUGGUGAACACAUAGCAACUAGUGUCACUGACGUGCGGUCACCCCGCCCCCUUGCCCUUUAGGCUAGGCUAAAGCCCACAGCCCCAAAAAUUGAAGGAGCCUCUCAAUUUAAGAGGCCAUAUUUUAUGGCUUGAAAAAUAUAGAUUACUAAUUUAUUUUUUUACAAAAAAAAGCUCUAAAAUAUACAAAUUAGGAUAAAUAUUUUACAAAUCACAAAUUAAAAAUAUCAUGAACAAAUCCACUAAAAUUUAAACUUUUAAGUUUUUUAAGAGCUGGCCAUAAAUAUAGCCCUACUGCUGUUGUAUAUUAGUAAUAAUAGGUUUGGUAACUUGAUGGGGAAAAGAUUUUCCUAGUCUUCUUCAAACUGGCCAAAAGGCUGAGAUCCAAUAAUAUUACGAAACAAUCCUAAGAAUUAACACAAGAGAAGUCAGGGUAUAGUUAUUACAAAUUGUUUUUAUUUAAAAUUAAACUAAAUUGAUUUUAAAAAAUGCCAUUUGCUUAGAAAAAUCAUUCUUUCUACUGCACUGUUUUUUCCCCCAAAAAUCCUGAUGAAACAGCAUGUUUUCCGUAUGUUCAUAACUGAUUCAUCAAAAACUGUGUGCUACAAGUACAUGUAAAUAAAUAGCAUAAAAAAUAUUUAAGCACAAUAAAACUUGAUUAGUUUUAUAAUUAUUUGGCCUUUUGUAUGUGAUAAGUUGAAUGGCAUGUUACCUUCGAAGAAUUCAUUCACUAUCAAAAUGACCUAUGAAGACAUUUGGGUUGCCACCCAUGAUUGAAGUGAUAUUAAAAGAAAUAUUUACAUCGUGAUGUUCAUUGAAAAGGGAUACAGUACCAGAUACUAUUCUAAUUGUAUUUUUAAAAUUACAAAAUGAAAAGGGGCAAGAGGCAUUAUUGUUACGGGGCCUCAAUAUUAGAAUGGCCUAAGGCCUCUCGUAAGUUAAUUCUGGCCCUGACUCCGUCAUUGUCUUUGAUUUUGACUCUUUCAGUCUGGUGUGACUGAGUUGUGUAUCAGGCUCGGUAUCAUGAUAGUAAUAUAGACACUAAUUACUAAUAUACAGACAGUUUAUAGGCCUGCUAUUUUUAUAAUAUUAUUUUAAUCAGGCCUAAUAUUUUGGAAAAGAGCAUGAUAAUUGAUAAUGUCAAUAAUUUCAAUUACAUUUGUUUUUUAAAGUGAGCAACCAUUCAUCAAUUCUGCUCAAUAAAAACAAAGUUUAUAUAUAUAUAUAUAUAUGUCAGUUAUUAAUAUUACCGCUACUGAAUAUGGAAAAUGUCAUUGACAAUUGUUAUUUUUUACCACCUUUCACCGUUUCAGGAGCAAACAAGCCCAGACGAGCAUUGCACCAGAUUCCUGAUGAAAUUUUAAAUGAUAUUGAGAUUAACAAUGCCAUUAAACAGGUUGUAAAAUUAUUUAGAAUCUUAAGUGUAUUAUUCAAUAUUAUAAUUCACUUUCAGCCAGGCAUCUAUAAUAUGCACUAAUUAUAUUAACAUCUUCUAAUGAACACGAUUGUCCUCUUCUAGCCUCUACCCAUCUAACUGUUGCUUGGUUCGACUAGAGGUGGCUGGCUUAAAUUAUGGCUAGUAAAGUUGUCUGUCAUUGAGCUAUAGCACUAUUUAACCAAGUAUAAUCGUUGGUGUGUAACUGAAAAUAACAGCAAAUCCAUCCUAAAAUUAUCUCCAAGCCAAACCUAAAUUAUUUAAAAAUAUCAGCAACUUUUAAUCCUUCUUGCCUAGGAGAAAAAAUAAAAUUUAAUUCAUUAAUCUUAAAAUCAUUUUAUAAUUAUUCUUGUAUUACUUUAUUUUUACAUUAAAUAUAGAGUUAAAGAUUUAUUAAUUAAUAUGCAUCUAUUUCAGCUACCUGAAAACUACAAUUUUGAAAUCCACAAAACAAUAUGGAAAGUUCGUCAAAAUGGAGCUAAACGUGUGGCUUUGCAGUUCCCGGAAGGUCUACUUCUGUAUGCUUGUGUUAUCGCAGAUAUAAUUGAAAAGUUAGUGCUAGUAGCUAGUUAAUUAACCUAAUAUAUUUUUUACAUGCUGUAUCUGGUAUUGGUUAUAGAAUUCAUUUUUAAGCAUGUUAGAUAACCUGUUCACAUUUGAUGUAAUUUUAUGAUCAUUAUGAUUGUCUUUUCAAGGUUCAUUCUAAUUUAAAUAAAAGAUAAUGGCAAUUUUUAAAAAUUACAAUAUCAAAAGUUUCAAUGUGUUUCAAUAGGAAUUUUUAAAAUCUGUCUUGUUUGUUUAUUUGUUAAAUUUCACUGCUGCAGAAAUAAACAAACUCUUUUUAACUUAAUUUUAUUGUUUUUCAAACUUGUUCAAUUACAAAGACCUAGCUUAACUCAUGGUUCACAGCACUCAUGAGAGAGAGACUGAAAUGGACAACAUCAAAAACUUAUUUACACAAAUUCAUUCAAAGAAAUUUUUAAGACAAGGAUCUCUACUCACAAAACUGAUGACAUUGAAUUUUUAAAUUUUAGUUAUAUUAUGAUAGGAUUUGCUGUUAGUAAUAAAGUUUAUUCCAAAAUAUACAUUUAUUAGAGUGCACUAAGGAUUACCAUAUUCCAUUUACUUAACAGGUUUACUGAUGCAGAUACAGUUAUCAUGGGAGAUGUGACUUAUGGUGCCUGCUGUGUUGAUGACUUUACAGCUAGAGCAUUGGGUGCUGACCUUAUGGUGCAUUAUGGUCAUAGUUGUUUGAGUAAGUAUUUUGGAACUUUGCCAUUGAUCAGUUAAACACUUCAUAAGUAAACAGCAGCCUUUUCCCCAUUAUAUUAUUUAUAUCUGCAUGUCUACGCCCACAACAUCACAUAGAUGUGUGAAUAAUCUCUCCUUAGCUGCACACACAUUCUUACUAAUUUUAUGAAAGUUCUUUAAACAAUUGUGACUAGAAUGUCCUCAAGGAACGUACUCAUCAUUUCAUGUAGGCUAAGUCUAGUCUAAUCAAAUAGUAAAAGAUGUCUUUAAUUAGCCAUGUUUCCUUUAUUUAAUUCCAAUAUUAUGUUGUGGCUACUGAAGUCCAGCAGUUGCUCUUUUGUGGCGUUGAAACGCCUUUGCCAUCAGUAUUUUUUUCUUAAUGCCCUUCAAGGACAAUUGCUCAUUUCAGACAUGGGCAUGUAGUGUUGCACUAAUCUGAUGUAUUUUAGCAAAGAUUAAACUCAAGUUUAAUCAAAUUUCAUGCUGGGAAUGUCUGGUUGAAAUUAUUUUUAAAAAUCAUUCACAGGACAUACAGAUCUAAAAAUAUGUACCGAUAAUCGUAUGAGUUAAUUGUAGCUCCAAGCCUUUAAGAUAAAAACAUUUUUUAUAUUAACUGAAAAUUAAAAAUUUUUAAUAAAAGAUGUUUUUAAAUUAAAAUGUAAUGAUGUUACUUAGAAUAUUGAUUGUGUGGCUGCAAUGUUCUGGAGUAGUUCUUUUUUUAAAAGUGCAUAAAUCUUUCUAUAUAUAUUUUGAGCAGAAACUAUUGUUUUUAUUGUAUUUUUUUAAAAAACACAAUCCACUUCAGUUCCUAUAGAUCAAACUGAGGGCAUACAGAUGCUUUAUGUGUUUGUAGACAUCAAAAUUGACACCAUGCAUUUCAUCGAAACCUUGAAGUUCAAUUUUGAAGUGGGCACCCGCAUUGCUUUGGUCAGCACCAUUCAAUUUGUGGCAGCCCUCCAAGUAAGUUAACAUUUUUUGUUGCUAUUCAUCUAUCCACAUGUAACUUGUUCAAGUCAGAACAGGCAGCUUAUACAAACUUGAAUGUUUCAGAGUGCCAGACAACAGCUGAGUCCUGACUAUACAGUCAUCACCCCACAAAGCAAACCCCUAUCGCCAGGUGAAAUACUGGGCUGCACAUCUCCCAGGUUGGCAGAGACUGAUGUGAUUGUGUAAGUUUUGUUUUUUAAAAUGAAAAGUUUUGUAUUUUGCUCAGAAACAUCAAAAAUAUUUUUUUUUUCAAGCGGUCUUUAGUGGAUGAUUGCUAUUUAAAAUUGAUCACUUUGCUUGACUUCACUUUCCAUUUAGCUUAUUUCUAAUCGCACAAUGACAAAUUUCUGAUGCAAAAUUAUCAACUGUUAUGUGUAACAGGCAAAGAAAAUAAAAAUGAAAAACUGUGACUUACGUCAUGAAAGAGUAAAAAUGUAAAAAGCUGAAGGUGUAAAAUAAUAGGAUAAAUGAAAAUCCUUAUUAAUGCAAUGUGAUUUGUAAAAUGUUAUAUUUUAAUGUUAAAUUUUAGAAGUUAAGACCAGAUUAAAACAAUUCUAAUAUUAAUGAAAACAAAAAAAGUUGAGAAAGAAAUUUUUAAAAUUUAUUUAUUGCAUCGUCAUUCUCACAGCUACCUCGGUGAUGGCAGGUUCCAUCUUGAAUCAAUAAUGAUACACAACCCAGACAUUGCUGCCUACAAGUAAAUAUAACCAAAUUAAAUUUGGUGGAUAUUUUUUUGGUGCUGCAUGCAAUGUAAUAAUUUUGUCUCAAAUCAUAAUAUAUCACAAACAAUAGCUACCUAGUAGAAAUAAUUCAUUGAUUUCUAAUCUGUUCAAUGAAGUUAAUAAACAAACCAAUCAUUUUUUAACCUUCCAAUUAAUCAUUUACACUUAAUUUUGCACAGGUAUGAUCCCUAUAACAAAGUUUUCACUAGAGAAUACUACGAUACUAAACGGAUGCACCAAGUUCGGCAAGAAGCUAUUGCUGUGGCAAAGACUGCUAAGAAGAUUGGCAUCAUUCUAGGCACACUUGGGCGACAAGGCUCAACAAAAGUUAUGGAGGUAAUCAUAUGUAAAUCAACUCACUCAAACGCACUCUCUUACUCCAAGCAAGUCAAGUUUGCCAGAUCUAACAUUUGGAUUCUGAGGAACAGAAUAGAAGCAGGACAUAUCCAUUUUUAUCAGUUCCUUUUUUUUUUUUUUUUUUUUUUUUUUUUUUUUUUUUUUUUUUUUAUUUAUUUUGUUUUUGAGUUGUUAAGUUGGGUUAAAUAACUUAUUUCCAGAAUAAAGUUGAAGAACAGUUUGGGUGAAAAUAAAAAUCCUUCAGUUGAAGUAAUUUUCGCAUAUGUCAGCUAUUUUUGAUAUUCAUGAUGUUCUGUGCAAUUUCAAACAAUAUAUAAUAAUAAUUCUGUUCUGCAACCAUCAGAAGGGUCAAUAUUUUAAAAUUACAUAUAACAGUUUGCUAUAUUCCGCCUCAGAACCUCCAGGGUCAAGUCAAAGCAGCAGGGAGAGAAUAUGUCACAGUGUUACUAUCAGAAAUCUUUCCUGACAAACUAAAGAUCAUGAGUGAUGUGGAUGCGUAAGUAGAAUUAAAUGUUUACUUUCGUACUGCAUGAAAAAUUCUUUUUCCAAACGUGUGUAACAUGAAAAAAUGUUAAAAGGAAGUUAUAAAUAAUUGUAAAUUUCCCACCUCUGACCGAAAAACGAUGGUACUGAUUGUCAUCCAUGGCUUGAGAUGUAAAUAGUUUUAAAUAUACAUUUGUUUUGUUUUAUUUAAUUAAUGUAUAUCAAUUAAUUUUUAAAGUUUUUUUAUUAUGUUUGUUAAAUUGUAUGUACAACAUGGUGAGCCUAGCCCUAGGCUGGGGUACCACGCUAUAUAAAACCAUGUAUAAUAAUAUAUUAUAUAUAAUAAUAAUAAUAAAAAAUAUAUCUCUAUUUGUGUAUUAAGUAGAUUUGAAUUCUAUGCAGUCUAUUUCAUUUAUUAAUCGUUAUUUAUUUAUUUAUUUAUAUUACUACCAUGUCUUUUAUUUGAAACAUUAUGAAUGAAAUAUAUGAAUUGAAAGUUUUAAAUUGUGAAACAAAAGUCUAAUUCUGACACAGUAUGAAACAAAAGUCUAAUUCACACACAGUGUAAAACAAGUCUAAACCUCAAACAUUAUGAAACAAAAGUCCAUAAUAUACAACACUUAAAUAUUUGUUUAGAUGGGUUCAAGUGGCCUGCCCAAGGUUAUCUAUAGACUGGGGCUCAGCAUUCAACAAACCUCUACUAACUCCUUAUGAAGUAAGUGCUUGCUUUAUACUCUGUAGGAUUACAUUGUCUAUCUGGGUAUGUUCAGGUCAUUUAAGAAAUCAAAUAAUUUAGAUACUAUGUAGAGAAAACAAGUAAAUGCUUUCUUUUUUUUAAUGUCUAAAGGUCUUUCAAAGCAAAGACAACUGUUUUAUAAUUGUUAAAAUUUUAUCAGAGUAGUUGUUCCUACUCUCUUUUUUUAAUAUUUUUAUUUAUUUUCUCAUGCUUUUAAAAAGUUUUUUUUAAGGUUUAAUCCUUAAGUGAAUGAAAUAUUUGUUAUUUAUUGUUUUAGCAACACAGACUGCAUUACCUAAUAGCGCUAUUAUGCCACACAAAAUAAAUUUGAUUCUUCUUUAAUAAAUUUGUUUACCUCUGACUAUUGUAGAUGAGUGUUGCUCUAAGGCUGACAGAAUGGCAGUCCACAUACCCAAUGGAUUACUAUGCCAAUGACAGUCUGGGGCCAUGGACGGUAAACAAUGAAGCCAACAAGACAAGAGUGGUUAAAAAAACUAGAGUGGUGGUCAGUGCCACGGUCGCAUUAGUGCCUGGUGCUCCUACGGCCACCAGUGGCCCCGUUCCAACUGGUCAAGUUAAUGGAAUUACGACAGACACGCUGUCAACUACAGAUAUUAGGGACACAGGCACAACAUCUUCAUGUGAAUUAAAAGAACCCAGUGUCUGUUGCCAGCAAAAUGUAGACGCCAAAUGAAAUGUAUAUUUAAUGUGUAAAAUAAAAUAAAUAUUAUUUCAAUAGCCUUUCGUGCCUUUUCUAUUGAAACAGAGGUUGUUGUGUUAAAAGACAUCAUGAAGUUAGUCACAAAGGGUAGUCCCCUAGUUUUUCAGAAUUGGAAAAUGCUUUCCAU